CCGCAUAGUAAGGAUGGGCAAUUUUCCCAAGGGUACCCCGUAGCCAUUUUGGCUCAAGCUGUUCUUGCUCAAGCUGUUCUGGCUGAGCUAUCUCCCCACUAUCUGCUUCCAUUCCUAUAUUCCUUUUUUUCUGCCGCUUACGCCGCCCAGCCUCGCUCAUGGCACGGGAGAUGAACGGCGCCAGCGCGUGGCUCCAGGUGACGAUCGAAGCCGCGGUGGCUGGCGCGUCCCGAGCUCAGCAACAACCGCAGCGGCCACUGCGUCUGCGGCCGAGCAGGGCGCCCGAGUUUCGGCUGCUCCCCAGUGCGCCAGCGCCCUCGGCGCUCCCGGCGCUGGAGGCGGACAGCCUGGCACCCUCCCCGGUGCCCCUGGAGCUAACGGCCGGGAGCCCGACGGGGUCUGUGGCAAGGGAGCGGGAGCCGCUUCCCAUACCCUCGCGCCCACCAAAACGCUGGACACCGCCGAGGAGGAAAAACCCGAGCUGGCGGGGCUCGCCUGCGCCCGCAACGCCCGAGGGGGCCAUCCCAGCCGCGGCGGUGGCGCCGCCCGCUGGGGCCAUCACGGUGCUGCCGCGCUGGCAGCGUUUGGCUGCUUCGCGGGAGUUGCCAGCUGCCAGAGGCGGACACGCGCAUCGUGCGCACCCCGCCGCGGAGGGGGCGCCCCCGCACACCCCGGUCGCCGAACCCUGGCCCGAGGACGCGCUCCAGAACGCCCCCGUCGCCCAGCCCUCUCCGCGAGGCGCGCCGGCUGCGAGCGGCGCGGCGACGGGCCGCCACGGAGAGCAAGAAGCCUUAGCGGGCCCAGCCCAUUAUUAUCGGCUUGACGGGAAUGAGGAGGACAGUGAUGAGGAUUGCCCGUCUGUUGCCGAGACGCCAGACGUGUUGGCGGCCUGGUGGCACGGCUUCUUGCUCGGCUCUCUCAUGAUCGCUGCCUCGGUGCCCCGAGCGCGGUGCAUGGCGGCCGUGCUCAGCGCCGCUGCGGCGUCCGAGCCCGCGUCCGCGCUCAGCGAGUGCUCGAGUCCAGCUCCUGGGGGUAUCAUCGUAUCGGACUCGGACCUGGAGUGCGACGUCAGGCCCGGGCCCCAGAGCUCGCAGGACGACUUCGACUCCCAGGCUGAUGACGGCGACACCCAGGCUGACGACAUCGACGUCGACUCAGGAUAUUCGCCACAAGGAGGUCGUGCCGAUGGACAAGGAGGUCGUGCCGAUGGACAUCGACGACGCCCUCCCCGACGCCGUUCCCGACGCCCACGACGCCUUUUCCUGGCGCCUUUCCCGACGCCCACGACGCCCUUCCCCACGUCGCCCUUCCCGACGCCCCCGGCGCCCUUCCCGACGCUCACGACGCCUUCGCCCGAGCAGGGCGCAAGGGCGGCGAGCAACUCUCGUCUACGCAGGGCGAUGGUGUCGCCGCCGAGGCAGCCGCGGCCCCAGCCGACGCUCUACUCAAUGCCGCGGACGCCUCUGCGCACCUUGCGAGAUUUAGUACGGCAUCGGCAGGGGCAUCGACGCCGUCCAUGUCGCAAUCGCAGUGCAGCAUGGAGUACAUCAAGGUGCUGGCGAAGGUCAAGGCAUGGCACGAGGAAGGUACAGCGGCUGCCGACAUCCUCUGGCGCUUGCAGCAUGCAGCGGACCGCCUCCAGCGUCGAGGAGCGGAUCGCUGGGACCGCCGCCUGGUGCGACAGGGCGUUGCGCACGCGGCGGCCGCGGCGCGUAUGCGGCAAGGGGGCCUGGCCUAGCCCCCUGAGCUCCCGGUGCGCACGCCGGUGCUGUCUCCAUCGUUUUCACCCCCACUGCAGCCGCGGUGGCGUCGUCUCCGGUGCCAGGCGGGAUCAGCGUGCUCGUGGAGCUCGUUCUCGCAAUCUGCUUCAUGGAGUGCUACGUGUUACAUCCGCAAUAUCUUCGCAGGGGGCUCGCUCUCCUUGGCUCCAUCGUGGUGUGGUCCUGCUCCUUCUCUGCGGCCCUCUCGCUGAGGCUCGUGAUGCAGGCCGUCUCUUUGUCGCUGAGGCCCUCUAGCUGAGGCUCGUGAUCCAGGCGUCCACCGGAUGAGAAUAUCCGCGCCGUUCUCGGGUGCGCAUUUUUAGUUUGUUAGCGUCCCGCCGUUGCUGCGACAGUCUUCUGAUUAUUUUCCAGCGCGGCCCGCGCUGUUACGACAAUUUCGGUGCAUUUCCCCCCCCGCCGCUGCGUUACGACGGGCGUUUGCUAAUCAUCUCUCCCAGUUUCGUCUGCUCUUCCUUCCCCCUUCCUUCCUCCUCUCCCUCGGCUUAGGUUACGGAUCUUUGUCCCCGCGGCAUCCCGUCCCCACGUACAGCAUGUUGCUUGACCGGGGGGGCGCUGCCGGACAAGGUCGACGCAUGCGUUGCGGCGUGCGUUUGGGGGCGACAGCUGUGCAGUUCUUAACUCGUUCCUGGUCUUCACGCUGCGGUUGAAUUGUCUCGCGCUGAUGUGGCUGCCGCGCUGCGGGAGGUCCUGUGGCCGUGCUCCUCUCCUCCUCUUCCCUUUUUAUACUAUAUAAGAACAUCGCUUUUGCCAA